AAACAGCAAAUGAAAAGAAAACUAUCCAUUUCCAGAAGCUGAGUGCCCCCUGGGAUUUGUUGGUGUAUUAUGCAGAACAACUCUGCCUGAGAGCUCCGUUACAGGCGCAGUCAGACUUGGACUUGAACAUGUCUGCACGGGUGCUGAGUUGCAUGUGCAUACCAAAUGCAAUGAUGGAGUCGGUACCAAACAGGCCACUCGACUAUUACACGUGUGCCUUUCGUAAGACGAAGAUGAACAGAUUCCUCGAUUGUGACAAUCAUGAAAUGUACUUCACAAAUACACAGAGACACCGUAUUGUGUAUGAGAUUCUUGCCGGGACGGUGUACGGCAAAAGUAAGAGGGCUGAGGUGGGCGUGGACAGACUGAUAAAUGAAGGAGCGUACACCGCUGCUUUCCCUUUACAUGAGGGCCCGUUCCAGCUACCAGGGUUUAACGUCCGUCCUAAUGAGCUGAACCAGAGGCAGAUUCUUUAUCACUACUGGGCCCUCUGGUGCAAAUGGUACAAGUACCAACCGCUGGACCACAUCAGGGAGUACUUUGGAGAGAAGAUUGCAUUCUACUUUGCCUGGCUAGGUUUCUACACAGCCUGGCUGCUGCCCGCAGCGGUCGUAGGAACUCUGGUCUUCAUAUCCGGAGUCAUAUCUAUGGGCACCAACACACCAGCGUGAGUCCACACGACACUGAAAAUUCCUUCAUACA